CUGUCGCGCUAGCCAAGAUCACAUGAGCAGAUUGGAAAUUAGAUUUUUUCCAUUCCGUUGUUGGAUGGGAGCCGUUUCGCAGCAGCUGACCCAGCUAAGCAUUAGUGGUGGUGGUGGUGGUGUUAAUAAUAAGGACGACGCUGCUGGCCACGGCGCCGUGGUGGAGGAGAUCAACGGCCUCAUCAGGCUCUACAAGGAUGGCCACGUGGAACGCCUCCCCGCCGUGGCUGAUGUCCCAUGCACGUGGACCCCCCAGCCCGGCGUGGUCAGCCAAGACGUCUCCCUCGCCCCCUCCGCCGCCCUCUGGGCUCGCCUCCACCUCCCCGCGCACCCCCUGCAGACCCGCGCCCGCCUCCUCCCCCUUCUCGUCUACUUCCACGGCGGCGGAUUCUGCGUCGGCUCGCCCUCCUGGCGCUGCUACCACGAGUUCCUCGCGCGCCUCGCCGCGCACGCCGCCUGCGCCGUCCUCUCCGUCAGCUACCGCCUCGCGCCCGAGCAUCGCCUCCCCGCCGCCUUCCAGGACGGCCUCUCCGCCCUGCGCUGGGUGCGGCAGCAAGCGGCGCCCUCCCUACGGGAGGACCCUGCGGGCUCGUGGCGCGCCCGCUGCGACUUCGGCCGCGUGUUCCUCGGCGGCGACAGCGCGGGCGCCGCCAUCGCCUACCGCGUGGCGGCGGCCGGGGGGAUGGAUCCGGCGGCGCCCCGGUCGGCCUUCUGCCUCAGGGGCGUCAUCCUCAUCCAGCCCUUCUUCGGCGGGGUGGAGCGGACGUCGUCGGAGAAGAACCAGCCAGCGCCGAAGGCGUCGUCGGCACUGACCCCGUCCACCUCGGACUGCUACUGGCGGAUGGCGCUGCCUGCGGGGGCGGACCGUGACCACCCCUGGUGCAAUCCCCUGUCGAAGAAGGCACCGCCGGCGGAGGUCCAGCGGCUUCCACCCCUGCUCGUCUGCGUCUCCGAUUUGGACAUAUUGAGGGACAGAAACCUGGAUCUGUGCAAAGCCCUGCGUUAUUCCGGCGAGAGCGUGGAGGAGAAGACGUACGCCGACGUCGGCCACGCCUUCCAGGUCCUGCACAACUACCCAAUGUCGCAAAACCGGACGAUCGACAUGUUAGCCGACAUCAAAGCCUUCAUUAGCUCUAGAUAAUAUUAACUAAUUGUUUAUUCUGAUGAAUUACAGACACUACAAAUAGCAUCUUUAAUUUCAACUA